AUGAUAUUUAAUUUUAUUAGAGCAUUCUUAAAUCAAGAAAAAGUUAUUAAAGAAUUAUCUAAUUCUUACCCAAUAAGAAUGACUGCAAGAUUAAUUGUACGUGCUGGUUUCAAAGCAAAAGAUGCGGUGAAUAAUUCUGAAGUUGGAAAAGAUAUCAUUCGACGAAAGGAUGUAUUUUUUGAUACUUUUAAAGAAGAGUUUAAAAAAAAUAUGAAAAAUUAA